AUGGAAUGCCAGGGAAGCCACGCAAGGCUCAACUCUCACAUCCGCGUUGGCGAUGCUGCAGGCUCUGACUUGCAGUACACCAACUGCCCCAAGUUAUCUGGCUCCGUCAAUCCCAAGUGCAAAGCGGCAUCGACACUUUUUCACCUUACACCUGGCUCAAGCGCUAAUCUAGAGAAUGCGUGGAACUGGGUUGCUGAUCAUGACCUUGAUAGAAAAAACAGAGAUCAGGUCGAUGUCUAUGUCGCCCGAGGCAUGUUGAUCGAAAGCGAUCUAGCCUACCUUAGUGGUACAGCUUCAGAGCACUGUGUCUUUUAUCAGUAUCAGCUUUCCAAAGCCAGUAAAAUUCUCAUGGGCAUGAUACAGACUGAGACGCCUUAUUAUCAGCCAACUCCCCAAGCACCUAAGCCCUUUGAAGCAAGCGUUGGUCUCUUCGCCAACGAUCCUACUUUCAAGGAAUGCAAGGACGACCGCUGCCGCAUGUCGUUGGCGGUCCGCAUUCUGGAUUCUACUGCCGUCUACAUCCUAGGAACUGGUCUAUAUAGCUGGUUCUAUAACUACAAACAAGGGUGUGUCAAAACACAAAACUGCCAGACGAAAGGAUUUGAGGUUGAGGAGAGCUAUGAUCUCUGGGUCUAUAACCUAUGCACCAAAGCCAUUAUUGAAAUGGUGUCUCCUCGAAAUAGCACCCCUACAUAUGCUCGCGAUAACGUCAAUGGCUUUCUGUCGUCUAUUCUUGCAUGGCUACAAGGUUCGAAGGAGGUAGCAGGGAAAAGAGCGUUUCCACGUUUCCUCAUCCACCAGCCCGAUGAUGUUAUUGAGUUUGAUGUUCCGGAAAACUGCCAGACAGCCCUCACACAACGUGUCUUGUGUGACUGGGACGUGUCGGACUUCACCCAACCAAAGUAUCGAGGGUCGCUCGAAAGCAAAAGUAAGACCGACUUGAUAUGUGAUGCAGGCUGUGGGGAGAGUUUGCGUAGCUGGUUCAAUACCGUGGAGCUGGCCUGUCGGGGAUACACACUUGGUGGCGCUGUUCCCAUGCUCUGGGCUGGUUAUAUGUGGGCAGGUUACAACGAGACAUGCCUGAAGGAUAGUUCUGGACAGUACUGCAAUGGUAUGGCAUCCCUGAUAUAUCUACGUUUUGCCUCUCACUAA